CAUUGUAGCAUUUGCCUACCUCCCCUCUCCCCAUUAUUUCCUCUUUCCUUCUCUUUUUUUAUCUGGUGAACAAGAAGAAGAAGAAAGAACUCUUCUUUUGUCAACUUUUUUAGGUGGUAUGUAUGUGUAAUAGAUGAAUCUAGAUUUGGUUUUUCUAGUUGGAAAUUUAUUGAAGAGAGAGUGAUUUUGCAGAAACAAUCUUUUAAGAGAGGUUGUAACGAAUUACCCACAAUCCAGGAAACCCCCUCAUUGACAUAUACACACAAAUUCAAUUUCAUUUCCAUCUUUGUUUUCUCCUUUUCUCCGUGUAGUGAUUUUCCCGGGAAAAUAAAAAAAAUCUCCUUUUUUUCCAGAAGAGUCAUGUGUUUCUUGUCUUCCUUCUAGCUCGCUUCUCUUUAAUUAAAUCUCUUUAGAAAUCUGUCGAAUUUUCAUUUUUGUUCCAUUCGAGCUAUAUCUUCUUAUAGAUCAAACUACCUUCCCAAAAAAAAAAAAAAAGAUCAAACCUUUACCUAAUAAUUUCUGAGAAAUCCAACAAAGUCUCGAGUUUUUUUUGUUUUUUCCAUUAAUGGAGGAAGUAUCUCCAUCGAUCGCUGGUCCUUUCAGACCUUUCUCAGAAACCCAGAUGGAUUUCACAGGGAUCAGGUUGGGUAAAGGUUACUGCAAUAACCAAUACUCAGCUCAAGAUUCCGAGAACGGUGGAGAUCUAAGGGUUUCGUUACCGGAGAGCUCGUACUCUGUUUCUGGGUCUCAUGGUUCUGAAUCUAGGAAAGUUUUGAUUUCUCGGAUCAAUUCGCCUAAUCUAAACAUGAAGGAAUCAGCAGCUGCUGAUAUCGUGGUCGAUAUCUCCGCCGGAGAUGAGAUCAACGGCUCAGAUGCUCAGAGCGAGAAGAGGAUGAUAAGCAGAACAGAGAGUAGGAGCCUGUUCGAAUUCAAGAGUAUUCCUCUGUUUGGUGUGACUUCGAUUUGUGGGAGAAGACCUGAGAUGGAAGAUGCUGUCUCGACGAUUCCAAGGUUCCUUCAAUCGUGUUCCGAUUCCUUGUUAGAUGGUCGUUUCAAUCCUCAAUCGACCGCUCAUUUCUUCGGUGUUUACGACGGCCAUGGCGGUGCUCAGGUAGCGAACUAUUGUAGAGAGAGGAUGCAUUUGGCUUUGGCGGAGGAGAUCGCUAAGGAGAAACCUAUGCUCUGCGACGGUGACACCUGGCAGGAGAAGUGGAAGAGAGCUCUUUUCAAUUCUUUCCUCAGAGUUGACUCGGAGAUCGAGUCAGUUGCGCCGGAGACGGUUGGGUCAACGUCGGUGGUCUCCGUCGUUUUCCCAACUCAUAUCUUCGUUGCUAACUGCGGUGACUCCAGAGCCGUUCUUUGCCGUGGCAAAACUGCACUUCCAUUAUCCGUUGACCACAAACCGGAUAGAGAAGAUGAAGCGGCAAGGAUCGAAGCCGCGGGAGGGAAAGUGAUCCAAUGGAAUGGAGCUCGUGUUUUCGGUGUUCUCGCCAUGUCGAGAUCAAUUGGCGAUAGAUACUUGAAACCGUCCAUCAUUCCUGAUCCGGAAGUGACGGCUGUGAAGAGAGUUAAAGAAGAUGACUGUUUGAUUCUGGCGAGUGACGGGGUUUGGGAUGUAAUGACGGAUGAGGAAGCGUGUGAGAUGGCGAGGAAGCGGAUUCUCUUGUGGCACAAGAAGAAUGCGGUGGCUGGGGAUGCGUCCUUACUCGCGGAUGAGCGGAGAAAGGAAGGGAAAGAUCCCGCGGCGAUGUCUGCGGCUGAGUAUUUGUCAAAGCUGGCGAUACAGAGAGGAAGCAAAGACAACAUAAGUGUGGUGGUGGUUGAUUUGAAGCCUCAGAGGAAAUUCAAGAGCAAACCCUUGAACUGAGGCAGAGGGUCCUUUUCUUAAUUUUAAAUGAAUAUGGGUCUCUCAAUGAAGAAUAUUUACUAUUAAUUUGUGCUUAUUGUUAAAUUUUUAUUUUUUUUUUAACUAACAAGGUUUAUAAAUCAUAAUGAGAUAAUGAAGCUUAAUGUGUUAAGCUCUUUGUCUUGACGUUCAAAAAAGCCCCUUGUAUUUUUCCUCCCGGGCUAAUUGUAAUAUGGUUACAUUACAUACAUUAAGAUGUAGUAUUAUUGUU